AUGACCUCCCGUAUCCCUCACCUCCUAGAGCCCUACCUCACCCUCCCAGACGAGGCCGGCCUCAUCGUCUUAACAAGCGUGCUUGGCGCAAGCACAAACUGGCUGCUGCUGCGCCACAUCUACUCCCUUCUCAAACCGUCUUCAUCACCACUUACCUCAAGACCGUCACCGUCACAUGUGACAUGGCCAGGGGGGGACUGCAGGAGGGGGAGCACUGAGGACCAACAACAACACCAAGGACAGCAACAACAGCAACAACGACAGGAGGAAGAAGAGGAUGUAGCCGUUCUGCUAGUGAGCUUCCUGCGCGACUUCGCCUUCUGGCGCGAGAACGCCGCCCGUCUGGGCCUCGACCUCGAAGCUGCUGCGCGCAGGGGCAGGUUCGCGUAUGUGGAUGGGCUGAGCUCGCUCUUCUCCCCUGCACCUUCUUCACACGGCCCGGGACAGCAGCAGCAGCAGCAGCAACAGAGGGGGGUUGGGGUGGAAGGAUGGAAGCGGGUUCUAACCAGUCCUGCGCCGGGGGAUAUGGGACGGGUGUUUCUUGAGAGUGUGGAGCAGUUGAAGAAGAAGGAGAAGAAGGGUGGGCUUUCGACGGGGGCUGGAAACGGGAGUUUCGAAGGGGGAGGUGGAAGGAAGGUAGUGCUGGUUAUUGAUGGGCUGGAUUUUGUGUUGGCUGCGUCGAAUCCAGCCGCUGGGACGGCAGCGAUCGCGCUGAGGGAAAUGCUGAUGGAUCUGAGAGAGACAACACACGCUGCCAUUGUUACUCUGGCGGCUGAUGACCCCCUGGUCAAGGAGCAGGAAACCAGCCUGGAGAAGCAGCAUGCCUGGUUCACUCUGCAUCUGGCUCACGAGGCAGACACAGUCAUGAGCUUGAGAUUACUUGACACGGGUGCCGCUAAGGACGUGAGCGGUGUCAUUCGGAUCACGGGGGGCGGAGGCAUGUCCCACACCGAGGGCCACGAGUAUCUGUAUCAUGUGGGAGGUGACGGUGGUGUUAAAGUAUUCGAGCGAGGCCAAUAG